AUGAAUCCCUCUACCUCCCGCGCCGCGGUGCGCUCCCUGACACAUGCGACAAGAGCGUCCGCAGCCCGACAGCUGCCGGCUGCGACUCGGUUCCCGAUCCGGGCUUUGAGUUCUAAUAGCCGUCUCGGCCAGUUCCCCCGCCUUCAGCUCGUGAACAACAAUAAGAGAGCCUUCAGCACAACAAUCAAGAUGUCUUCCGGUUCCCGUACUGAGAGCGAUGCCUUUGGCGAGAUCCAGGUCCCUUCGGACAAGUACUGGGGUGCGCAGACCCAGCGCUCCCUGGGCAACUUCGACAUCAACCAGCCCCAGGACCGUAUGCCCGCUCCUGUCGUCCAGGCUUUCGGUAUCCUCAAAGGUGCUGCCGCCACUGUUAACAUGAAGUACGGUCUUGACCCCAAGAUCGGUGAGGCUAUUAAGCAGGCCGCUGCUGAGGUCGCCGAGGGUAAGCUGCUGGACCACUUCCCUCUGGUUGUCUGGCAGACCGGUUCCGGUACCCAGUCCAACAUGAACUCCAACGAGGUCAUCUCCAACCGCGCCAUCGAGAUCAUGGGUGGCCAGAUGGGUUCCAAGAAGCCCGUUCACCCCAACGACCACGUCAACAUGUCCGCUUCCUCCAACGACUCCUUCCCCACCGCUAUGCACAUUGCCGCCGUUCUGGAGCUCGAGAACACCCUCAUCCCCUCCCUUAAGAGCCUCCGUGACGCUCUCCAGGUCAAGGUCGACAAGUUCCAGAGCAUCAUCAAGAUCGGUCGGACCCACUUGCAGGAUGCUACUCCUCUCACUCUGGGCCAGGAGUUCUCCGGCUACGUCGCUCAGCUCGACCGUAACAUCGAGCGUGUUGAGGCUAGCAUUCCCCACCUCCGCCAGCUCGCUCAGGGUGGUACCGCCGUUGGUACCGGUCUGAACACCUUCAAGGGCUUCGACGAGGCUAUCGCCGCUGAGGUUACCAAGAUGACUGGCACUGAGUUCAUCACUGCCCCUAACAAGUUCGAGGUCCUGGCUGCUCACGACUCUAUCGUUGAGGCCUCCGGCUCCCUGAACACCCUUGCCGCUUCUCUGUUCAAGAUUGCCCAGGAUGUCCGCUACCUCGGUUCCGGUCCCCGCUGCGGUCUCGGCGAGCUUAACCUGCCCGAGAACGAGCCCGGCUCUUCCAUCAUGCCUGGCAAGGUCAACCCCACCCAGUGCGAGUCUCUGACCAUGGUCUGCGCCCAGGUCAUGGGUAACCACGUCGCUGCCACUAUCGGUGGUAUGAACGGUCAGUUCGAGCUGAACGUCUUCAAGCCCGUUAUGAUCCGCAACCUGCUCCACAGCUCUCGCAUUCUGUCCGACGGUAUGGACAGCUUCCGUAAGCACCUUGUUCACGGUCUGGAGGCUAACGAGAGCCGUAUCAACUCCCUUCUCCACGAGAGUCUUAUGCUCGUGACCUGCCUGAACCCCGUUAUUGGCUACGACAUGGCCUCCAAGGUCGCCAAGAACGCUCACAAGAAGGGUCUCACCCUGAAGCAGAGUGCUAUGGAGCUUAAGGCUCUUAGCGAGGAGGACUUCGACAAGCACGUCCGGCCUGAGCUCAUGCUUGCUCCUAAGGAGCACAAAUAA